UUAAGCUUUUGUUGCGUCGGAUUUCUUGAUCCCCUCGCACACUCUCCUCCUGCGAUAUUUCUUCUUCUUCGUCUUCUCCCCUUUCACCCGGAUCCGAGCAAUCGAUGGAGGAGGUGGAGGCAUGCGAGAUCGCGCGGCUGCCGGAGGAGCUCCUCUCCGCCGCGAUCUCCCGCACCGCGCCGCGGGACGCCUGCCGCGCCGCCGCCGUCUCCCCGGCCUUCCGCGCCGCCGCCGACCACGACGCCGUCUGGGCCUGCUUCAUCCCCCGCGACCUCCCGCCGCUCGCCGACGGGGAGCUCGCCCCCGCGCCGCAUUCCAACAAGGAGCUCUUCCUCCGCCUCUCCGGCUCCGGUGCCCCCUUCCUACUUCCGGACAAGCUCAUGGGCGUAUGGUUGGACAGGGAGACCGGGGCCAAGUGCUUCAUGAUUUCGGCCAGAGCGCUAGUAAUUAUCUGGGGCGAUACGCCGCAGUACUGGCGUUGGAUCCCUCUCACCGACUCUAGGUUUGCAGAAGGCGCUGAACUCAGAAAUGUGUGCUGGUUGGAAAUCCGUGGCAAGAUACACAGCAAGAUGCUCUCCCCAAACUCAAGCUAUUCCAUAUAUAUGCUGUUUAAGAUAGCUGAUGAGUUCUAUGGGCUCGAUUCUCCAUUCCAGGAGGCAUCAGUCAGUCUGGGAGGUAGGGGAUCAACAAAAAGUGUUUGUGUCCAAAGCUAUGACAGUGAAGAUGAGGAUGGCAGCGGUCAGGUACCCGAUAAUUACUGGUCUAUUACUAUGGUCUCAAGGGGUCCAUUUAGGCGACAAAGGGUGAGGAGAAGAAACCAUCGUCCAGUUCAUCUUGAAGAGGGUGUAACGCUCCCUCAGAGAAGGGCUGAUGGCUGGAUGGAGCUGGAGAUGGGCGAAUUCUUCAAUGAGGAAGGUGAAGAUGGAGAGGUUCAAUUCAGCCUGAUGGAGACCAAAGGAGGCAAUUGGAAGAGAGGUCUUAUUGUGCAGGGCAUUGAGGUCAGACUUAAGAAAUCUGGCUGAUGUGCUUCUAGGAUUAAGGCGCAUCAUCGAGUAACUAAAUAAGAUUUGUAAUGCGCGCAAUGUUCUUUUUGUGUGGUUUUCUUUUUAACUUUUGCUGCCAAUGCUGUGAAAGCUACAGGUGUGUUUCUCUGUUCUUAUGGGCAAACUGAAGUUUAUGAAGAGAUGAGAAUACCAUAGUGCGAUACUGCAUGAUAGUUAACAUUUGGUUUGCAAUGUGUAUUUAGCGGAAGCGGUUGCCGUUUUAAAUCUGGUCCAGUUGAAAAUCCAUGCUGAUGCAUAGAUUUA